AUGAAGAUGCUCUCCCUCUACCGAACCACAACCCUCCUCAUCGAUCUGCACUUCACUCUUCACUGGGCCUCCCCUGCCACCGAGCACCACCAGCCCGGCACCUCUCAAACGCCAACCCAAACACCCACCCACCACGAGCAGCAGCAGCAAGACAGCUACCACCACCGCCACCUCUGCACCCAGAAAUUCCCCCCAACCGCCUUCGCCGCCGCGCUGAUCACCGACCCGUCGGACCCGUCCCUCUUCCUCGCCUCGCUGGACGCAGCCUGCCUCGCGCGCAUCCGGGCGGCCACGCGGCACACCAUGUACGCGUUCGACGAGCCGGUGCACUUCGAGGUCGAGCGGGCGUUCGUCUUCGGCGGGCUGGAGCACGCGGCGCGCCUGCCGAUGCGCGGGCUGACGGCGGCCGAGGUGGAGAGCCAGGUCGAGCUGAUGCGGCAGCGCGGCCUGCGCGACCACGUGCGCGUCGACAUGGCGGUGGAGAUUGAGGCAGGCAAGGAGUUGAGGGAGCGCGGCUGGGAUGUGGCCCGCGGCCCGGAAGGGUGGAGGUUGCGUGAGCUGUUUGGGGAGUGA